UUAUGUAGCACUCUGCCAAAACAGAAACCAGCACACGUUACAUCCGGUGGAGACACUCGCAGGAGUUUGACACCAUGGCAGCGUUUGGCGAAAUGGGAGUGAUGCCUGAAAUUGCACAGGCGGUGGAAGAAAUGGACUGGCUGUUGCCAACAGACAUUCAGGCCGAAUCUAUCCCACUGAUUCUGGGCGGAGGAGACGUGCUCAUGGCUGCUGAGACUGGGAGCGGAAAAACUGGAGCCUUCAGUAUUCCAGUUAUCCAGAUAGUCUAUGAGACCCUUAAAGACCAGCAGGAGGGGAAGAAGGGACGCAGUGCUGUUAAGACAGGAGGAGCAGUUUUCAAUAAAUGGCAGAUGAACCCCUAUGACAGAAGUCCUGCAUUUGCUAUUGGUGCAGAUGGCCUGUGCUGUCAGAGCAGAGAAUUCAAAGAGUGGCAUGGCUGUCGUUCCACCAAAGCUGUCACAAAAGGGAAGUAUUAUUAUGAAGUAACCUGUCACGAUCAAGGGCUGUGCAGGGUGGGCUGGUCUACUGCCCAGGCAUCACUGGACUUGGGAACAGACAAAUAUGGAUUUGGCUUCGGAGGAACUGGAAAGAAAUCUCACAAUAAGCAGUUUGAUAGUUAUGGAGAGGAGUUCACUAUGCACGACACCAUCGGAUGCUACGUAGAUCCGGAUAAAGGCCAAAUGUCAUUCUCCAAAAAUGGUAAUGAUCUGGGUCUGGCUUUUGAGAUCCCUUCACAGCUGAAAAACCAGGCCUUCUUUGCUUCCUGUGUGCUGAAGAAUGCUGAACUGAAAUUCAACUUUGGUGAUGAACCUUUCAAAAACCAACCUAAAGAUGGAUAUGUGGCCCUGAACCAGGCUUCAGACUGUCAUGUGGUCAAAUCCAGCCAGACAGGCAGUGCUAAAGUGAGUCAGGUCAAAUCCAGUUCUAACGCCCCCAGAUCUCUCAUCAUUGAGCCGUCUAAAGAGCUAGCUGAACAAACCCUCAAUAAUGUCAACCAGUUCAAGAAAUAUGUUGAUAACCCCAAACUGAGGGAUCUUCUGAUCAUCGGAGGAGUGGCUGCUAAAGAGCAGCUCUCCAUUUUAGAAAGUGGAGUUGAUAUUGUGGUUGGGACCCCAGGCAGACUGGAUGAUCUCAUAUCCACAGGAAAGCUGGAUCUUUCCCAAGUCCGCUUCCUGGUGCUGGAUGAGUGUGAUGGACUCCUCACAGCUGGCUACACUGACUUCAUCAUGAGGAUCUACAACCAGAUCCCACAGGUUACUUCAGACGGCAAAAGACUGCAGGUGAUAGUUUGCUCCGCUACACUGCACUCAUUCGAUGUGAAGAAGCUCUCAGAGAAGAUCAUGCAUUUCCCCACAUGGGUGGAUCUGAAGGGAGAAGAUUCUGUACCAGAAACGGUCCAUCACGUGGUGGUGCCAGUCAACCCAAAAAAAGACCGAAUUUGGGAGAAACUGUUGAAAAACCACAUUAGGACUGAUGAAGUUCAUGCCAAGGAUGACACACGACCUGGAGCCAACACUUCAGAGAUGUGGUCAGAGGCCAUUAAGAUUCUGAAGGGAGAGUAUGCGAUCAGAGCCAUUAAGGAGCAUAAGAUGGAUCAGGCCAUCAUCUUUUGCAGGACAAAGAUCGACUGUGACAAUCUGGAGCAGUACUUCAUCAAACAGGGAGGAGGUCCAGACAAGAAAGGACACCCGUUUUCUUGUGUCUGUCUUCAUGGUGACAGGAAACCAAAUGAGCGCAAAUAUAACUUGGAGCAAUCUAAACAGGAAGUGAAGUUUCUGAUUUGCACAGAUGUGGCUGCUAGAGGAAUUGAUAUUCGUGGCGUUCCUUAUGUGAUAAAUGUAACUCUACCAGAUGAGAAGCAGAACUAUGUUCAUCGCAUUGGAAGAGUUGGCAGAGCGGACAGGAUGGGUUUGGCUAUAUCUCUGGUUGCUAUGGAGAAAGAGAAGGUGUGGUACCAUGUCUGUGCCAGCAGAGGAAAAAGCUGCUAUAACACCAGACUCAAAGAGAAUGGAGGAUGUACUAUUUGGUACAACGAGAAAGAGUUGUUGGCAGAAAUCGAGGAACAUCUGAAAUGCACCAUUACUCAGUGUGAACCUGACAUCAAAGUACCUGUGGAUGAAUUUGAUGGCAAAGUGACUUACGGGCAGCGCAGGACUGCGGGGGGUGGUCUCUAUAAGGGCCAUGUGGAUAUACUGGCCCCGACCGUACAGGAACUAGCCAACCUGGAGAGAGAAGCACAAACGUCCUUCCUUCAUCUCAGCUAUCUACCCAACCAGCUCUUUAAAGCCUUCUAGAGCUCACUUGCAUACACCACACUGAAAUAACCACAAAGGAAGACGCAACAGUCACUAACUUUGCAUAAUAUAAAUAUUUAAUUUCUGGUUCAUGAGGUUUGACAUGCAAAGGAAAUUAGCUUGUUCUGUUAUUGAUUUGUGGUGGUUUCCUUCAUAUUUUGAAUUGAAGAAAUUUAAAAAAAAAAUGGUUUUGUUUUUCUAAAGCACUUAAGUUGUAAUCAUGCAAAUUAACCGGAAAUAAAUUCAAACAGCAUAAUG